AUGAGUGACGGUAAGAGAAAGCAGGGCCCCAGUGGCAAUGGCCCAACCUCAAAGAAGAGCAAGGGAGGCAGUGCUGGCAAAUGGCAGACAACACACCAGAAAGCUAAGCAAAGUGAGCAGAUGGAGCUAGGAAGAACUCUAGAGGUCAACGAUGCCGGAAUCUGGGUGACUUACGCGAGAGGAAUGAAGGGAAAGGCCAUAAGAGAAUUCAAGUCCCUCUGCGACGAGUACGGCGAGUCACUGUUUGGGGUGAAGCCCCCGAAGGAGGACGGAGAGGACGAGGAUGGUGAUUCCCGAGAUAUCGAGGCUUCCAUUGAGAAGGAACUGGCCAGCCUGCAGCAGCCAAAGCCCAAGACGAAGCAGACCUUCACGCCCAUUGGAACUGGCCUCGACUGUGUUUUCUUCAUGAAGACGGUCAAGCCUGUUGAGCCUCUCACCUUUGUUGCCAAGGUCUCUCAGGAUGCCAAGGACUGCCCGGACCCGAUGCAGCGCAAGACCAAGUACAUCAACCGCUUGACACCCAUAUUUGACACAGACAAGGCAACCGACAAGGGUAUCGAGCGUGUAGCUCGGACUGUGAUGGGACCGCACUUUGACCUCAAGAGCGAGUCGGGAGAAGACGCUGCCGCAGAGGAAGCUCCUUCGAAGGAGGAGGGCGAGGAAUCUGCGCCCUGCACGUACGCCAUCAGGUAUAACAUCCGUAAUCACACCACCUUCAAGUCGAGCGAGGUCAUCAAGAAGAUUGCAGACCUGGUCAAGCCCAAGCACAAGGUCAACCUGACGAGCCCCGAUAAGGUGGUAUUGGUUGAGAUUUUCCAGACAUUCUGCGGAGUCUCGGUUGUAGAUGGCAAGGAGAGUGAGGAGCUGAAGCGUUACAACCUCAACGAGCUGUACAAGGUGGCUCUAGAAGAGAAGAAGAGCGAGCCCGCAGCCGAGGGGGCCGCGGAAUUGAAGUCAACGUAA